UUUGCGAGUCACGACCUAUUGCACGGAUCAGCUAAGGAUCCCCAGAAUGUGUUGAACAUUUAUAAGAUCUGGAGAUCUAUGUGGUGUGCUACUAAAAGUGGUGAUUUGUGAAUGUAGUUGGAUCUGCAUUUUAUAGUGAACAGUAGCAUACAAGGACUGAUAUAAGUGAUGGUUCUAUAAAUUAUUUAAGAAAAUAGAUGAAUAGUUAAAGUAUAUGUGAAUGUAGAAAAGUUGUUGAGAGAUAAAAAUGUCUACAAAAAGAAAAAGCAGAUUUUCGCCGUUUUGGAAACAGUGUUUCGUGACAGCAUCAGUGGGCAGCAACAUCAUCGGCCACGGCGCCGUGAUCGGCUACCCUGCGAUCCUGCUGCCCCAGCUCCAUCUGGUGGACUCCGCCUUCAAACUGGAUGCCGCCUCCGCAUCAUGGAUUGCAUCAAUUCUGGGCAUCACACAGUUGGUCGGGAGCUUCAUCUCCCCCCCUAUAAUGGAGAAGUUCGGCAGGAGGGCAGCUCACUUCACCGCGACGGUGCCAAACUUGAUCGGCUGGUUUGUCAUCACUAUGGCUACUAAUUUUGAGGUUCUCUUCGCUGGUCGGAUACUUCAAGGUCUAUCAAUUGGCAUGCUAUCGCCUCUUCGAUCAGUCCUUAUUGGAGAGUACUCCAGUCCGAAGAACAGAGGAGCUUUCCUCACCACCGUCUCCUUGUCACAAUCCUUUGGAAUAUUCUUCGUGCAUCUAGUUGGAUCCCUCCUGAGUUGGCAGCAGGCCGCAUUAAUAUGUUCCUUCUUUCCAUUCAUAAGCAUCAUCAUGACCAUUUACUCACCAGAAUCUCCCAGUUGGCUCGUCACAAAGGGCCGGCAUGACGAAUGCAGGCGGGUCUUCCGCUGGCUCCGAGGUGAUGAUGAAGAAGACGAACUAGAAGAAAUGAUUGAAGGCCGCCUGCUCUAUGAAAAAGCGAUGAUCUCUGCAAGUUUCAACAAAAGGAACAAUCGUAUAAGAAAGAUUAUUUCUACGAUAAAGAAGAAAGAGUUUUACAAGCCUAUUAUCCUAAUGAUGCAUGCUCAUGUGUUGGUAAACUUCGCUGGUGGAACCACCAUGUCUGCGUAUUCAACUAUGAUUAUAGGUGUUGUUGUGGGACCUCAAGUCAAUGCUCAUUUCUGGAUGAUAUUCCUAGGAGCUCAGCGAUUCAUCUCGAAUACUCUAGCAGUGUUUGCUAUAAACAAAUUCAAGAGACGCACGAUGAUGUUUGCUACUGGAGGUCUUGCGAUCUUCGCUCAGUUCGCUUUGGCUGCUUACGUAUACUUCAAGCAGCAAGGAACUUUGCCGUACGACGCCGUAUGGAUACCACUAUUACUGAUCAACUUGAAAUUCUUCGCAGUAGCUACAGGCAUGUUACCCUUGCCUAAUGUUAUUGGAGGAGAAGUGUUCCCUCUGGAGUACCGAAGUAUAGGAGGGACCAUCAGUUUAGCAUCUUUUUCAGCUACAUUCUUCUUAGUGCUUAAGACUUUCACAGGUCUAGUCGAAUCUGUGGGUAUGUAUGGGGCCUAUGUGGUGUAUGGUUGUAUCAUCACUUACUGCAUGGUAGUCAUCUGGUUCCUUCUACCAGAAACCAAGGAUAGAACUCUACAGCAGAUAGAAGAUGAGUUCAGAGGCAGGCCGUUGGCUCCUGAGGAGAUUGAAGUGAGGAAGUCUUUGCAAGCUGAUCCAAUUGUAGCGUACAAGAGGAAGAUGUCUGCUAGAAGAUGUAGCAGUCUUAUAUGAUUUCAUUUAUUCAUGAAUAUUGGUUUAAACUUAAAUUUAUCCAGAGUUCUUGAGGACCUGGUUUAAAUUGAUCGGAGGAUUUGUUUUGAAAAGUAUUAUUGUAAAUAAAAUUCGUAGUGUAUAUAGUUUUAUUGUGUAGAAUAAAUACUUCAUAUUGUUACUUGAUAUCUCUAAAAAUAAGUGUUGAAAUAAUUUUAAAAUGUGGCGACGAACAAUGGAAAUAGGAAUAAAAUAUACAAUUUUGGUCUU